GGAAACUCCGGUUGACCUGCAAAGUCCACCACAAAAGAAUAUGCCAGACGUGAAACUGCUCGCGCUGGACGCCAGGACGCCGGCGCCAAUGGCCUGCUCGUCGGCACUGCGGCGGUAUAAAAGGCGCAGAAUCCUCUCGUCGUCUUCCCACUCCCCCCACAAGGCCAAACCCCAUUGGCCAGCCACCUGCGACUAGGACGAACCCGGCGGCGGCGAUGGGGAGGGAGCCGCGCAUCAACACGGCGCCCCGCGGCAACCGCGCACCGCUCCUUGAUCACGGGGAGACGGCGAGGGUUCCCUCGGACCUCGAGGAGGGCAGCAACGUCCAGGCGGCGAAUGUGGGGUUCUGCCGGGUCAUCAAACUGGCAAAGCCUGACGCGUGGAAGCUCAUCUUUGCCACCACCGCGCUGCUCGUCGCCUCCCUCAGUAACCUCCUCGUUCCCAAAUAUGGCGGCAAGAUAAUUGAUAUUGUGUCAAGAGAUGUUCGGCGGCCAGAAGAUAGGGCUCAAGCCCUGGCGGAUGUGAAUGGCACCAUAUUGUACAUUGUGAUGAUAGUUGUAACGGGGUCAGCUUGCACAGCUCUUCGGGCAUGGGUGUUCAAUUCUGCUAGCGAGAGAGUUGUUGCUCGACUAAGACAUGACUUGUUCAGUCAUCUCAUAAACCAAGAGAUAGCAUUUUUUGAUGUGACCAGAACAGGAGAGCUGUUAAGCAGGCUUUCUGAAGACACCCAAAUCAUAAAGAAUGCCGCUACGACAAACCUUUCGGAAGCGCUGCGUAAUCUGACUACCACGGCUAUUGGUCUUGGCUUCAUGUUCUCAACUUCAUGGAAACUAACAUUGUUGUCACUUGCAAUUGUUCCGGUAAUAUCGGCUGUCGUGCGUAAAUUCGGGCGUUUUCUUCGUGAGCUUUCACAUCAGACACAAGCUGCAGCUGCUGUAGCUUCAUCCAUAGCCGAGGAAUCCUUUGGUGCCAUCCGCACAGUAAGAGCCUUUGCUCAGGAGCCUCAUGAGAUUUCACGAUAUAGCGGAAAAGUAAACGAGACACUGAAACUUGGUCUCAAGCAAGCUAAAGUUGUUGGACUAUUUUCUGGAGGGCUCAAUGCUGCAUCAACCCUCUCGGUUGUCAUUGUUGUUAUUUAUGGAGCUAAAUUAACCAUCAAUGGUUACAUGACAACCGGUGCUCUUACGUCAUUCAUCUUAUACAGCCUUACGGUUGGCUCAUCGGUCUCGGCCUUGUCAGGAUUAUACACAACUGUAAUGAAAGCAUCAGGUUCAAGCCGUAGAGUGUUCCAACUUCUUGACCGUAUUUCCUCGAUGAAAACCUCUGGGGACAAAUGUCCAAAAAAUGAAAAUGAUGGGGAAGUUGAGUUAGACGAUGUCUGGUUUGCAUAUCCUUCUCGUCCUUCUCAUCUGAUUCUUAAGGGAAUCACAUUGAAGCUAGCACCAGGUUCAAAGGUUGCACUUGUUGGGCCAAGUGGUGGUGGAAAAACUACAAUAGCAAAUUUGAUCGAAAGGUUUUAUGACCCUAUAAAGGGAAGGAUCUUGCUAAAUGGAGUGCCUCUGGUAGAAAUUUCACAUCAGUAUCUCCAUCAAAUGGUAAGCAUAGUUAGCCAGGAGCCUACACUCUUCAACUGCUCCAUCGAAGAGAACAUUGCUUAUGGAUUGGAAGGCAAAGCGAGCUCCGACGACGUCGAGAACGCAGCUAAAAUGGCGAACGCGCAUGACUUCAUAUGCGGCUUCCCGGACCAGUACAAGACGAUCGUCGGAGAGCGCGGCAUCAGGUUAUCCGGCGGGCAGAAGCAGCGGGUCGCCAUCGCGAGAGCUCUGCUGAUGAACCCGCGGGUGCUCCUCCUGGACGAAGCCACCAGCGCCCUGGACGCCGAGAGCGAACACCUUGUCCAGGACGCAAUGGAAUCCUUGAUGAAAGGGAGGACGGUCCUCGUGAUAGCUCACCGGCUCUCCACCGUGAAGACCGCCGACACGGUCGCCGUCAUCUCCGAGGGACAGAUCGUGGAGAGCGGCACGCACGACGAGCUCCUCGACCGCGACGGCAUCUACACGACCCUGGUGAGGAGGCAGCUGCAGUUGCCCAAGUUCGAAGGAACCACCAAUGGGGCAGCCGAGGUUGAACCUGUUAACGGCCACUAGUGAUCGAUCAUGCUCACUCUUCCCCGCAGUUAAGCACACGCCAUUUCGCAUUCCGCUCUGAAUAACUCCAAACACGUUGGAUUACCCCACACACACUGUUUCUCUCCUACACAUUUGGUUCACUAGUGAUCGAUGAUGCUGGUGUAGGACCGUGAGUGCACUGUAUAGCUAAUUGCCCGUGCGUUACAAGGAGUGAAUAAUUUUCUUUAUUGGUUCAAUACCAAUUGUGUAUGAUAUAUAUCUUAUACCCAUCAUGUUUUAGAUUUCUAAGAUUCAA